GCGAGGUGCCGGGACGACGCGCUGCAGGGUCGUGUGGAGCGGGGCUCCCACGCAAACCGCUCCACGUGGGCGCUUUGGGGAGCGGGAGGGGAGGCGCGGCGCCUUUUCAGGCGCCCGAGGGAGGCGUGGAGCGGGCUGCGAGAACAGAGGCGCUCCGGGGUCGGAGGACAACGGGUUCAGGCCAGGGUCAGCCGCCUCGGCGGAGGGGACCUGGCCGAAACGGCUCCGGCUGCCCUUCGCUCCCUAUCCGGCUCGCCCAAGCCGGCCCGCGCACCCGGAUGGCGUCACGGCGGCGUCGCCCGUCCCGCCUCCGGAACCGGCGGGAGCACCUGUCCGGGGCUCACCUGCGGAGCGGAUCUAAGGGCCCUGACGCCCGACCCGGCCGUCUAGCCGCGUCCCGGACCACCGCCCGGCCGCGGGCCGCCGCCACCAGCCGGUGCGACGGUACCUGGCGCGCGGCUAGGGCGCGCGCAGGCGCAGAGCAGCGGCGAUCAGUCACAGCGGCGCCGCGCCCCGCAGUCGCCCCAGCGGGCGUUGGGAAGCCGCGCGCAGGAGCAGCAAGGCCACGGUGCCUGCUCCGGGACUUCUCUUUAGGAGGCUACUGUACCGCCUGACUCUCUCUUUAAAGAUUUAAACAGGAGCUCCGCCUUGCCCUACUCAGUCAGCCGAGCACAGAAACUAGCGCAUGCUCGGGCUAGGUGCUAAGAGGAGCGCUUUUAGACUUAUUUUGAAUCGGGCAUCCACAAGGACACGCACUUCCUGGGUCCUCCAUGGGCAGCGGCCCCCAUGGCGAACACCACCUCUCCCUGCCCAGGUGGCCGCUGCAGCAGGCACCCCGAGUUAUUCAGAGAACGGGCUCACUGCCGCCAGGACAACCCUCUGAACAAAAGAACUGCCUUGGUGUGUGCGGUGCAGCUAUUUUCGCCUUCACGAGUUUCUGUUUGUUCUCUGGAUCACAGAAAUCCAGUGUGGAUGGGCUUGCAGCUGUGCCGUCCAGGACUUUGGACACUGAUGGACCCCAGAGACCCAUGCUGCCCGCCUUGGGGUCGAGGAUGAGCCCUCCUGUUGCUGGGCAAGCCUGUGGUGACCCUUCCACGUCUCUGGGGAAGCCCGCCUGCGCCUCCGCGCAGCCCGUUCUCUUUCCCAAGUCCUGCGAGCGAGCAGAGCAACCACAGGCCACCUUGCCCCAGAGGCUGCGGUGAUUUCAUUACAUUUUGGAGGCAAAAUGCCCGGGAAAAGGCCCCUGAAUGCAACGGCCAUCCCAAGUGCAAAAAGGGAACGGAAAGCAAUUACCCUCGACAUAAAAUUAGAAGUGUUAAGACGAUUUGAAGUGGGUGAAAAGCUCAGCCAGAACUCAAAGGCCUUAGACCUUGCCGUCUCCACAGUGGCGACAAUCCGAGAUAACAAAGAAAAAAUCAAAGCGAGUUCUCGAAUAGCUACUCCCUUGAGAGCCUCUUGGUUGACUCGCCAUCGAAGCGCGGUCAUGGAGACCAUGGAGCAGCUGCUGCGUGUGUGGCUGGAAGACCAGAGCCAGCGAAACAUGCCCCUGAGUGUCACCAUGAUUCAGGAGAAGGCCAAAAGUUUGUUUGAUGACUUACAGCGUGAACAAGGAUGAACAGCACGGCUCCUGGCAGCAAGGACGUGUACCCGCAAAUGCUGAAAAGCAUCAUCGAGGAAGGCGAGUACACCCCCCAGCAAGUUUUCAAUGUAGAUGAGGCAGGGCUUUAUUGGAAAAGAAUGCCUGAAGGAACGUUUAUUGCUAAGGAAGAAAAAGCUGAGCCAGGGUUUAAAUCUUCCAAAGAUCGCUUGAUGCUGCUUCUUGGUGGCAACGCAGCUGGGGACUUCAAGUUGAAGCCCUUAUUGGUGUACCACUCAGAAAACCCCAAGGCUCUAGAGGACUACUCCAAACCCAAUUUACCUGUGAUUUGGCGCUCAAACAAAAAGGCCUGGGCAACCAGGAGCAUUUUUCAUGAGUGGUUCACAUACUUUUUUUAUCCUGCUGUUGAAAAAUACUGUGCCCAAAAUAGCCUACCCAACAAAGCAUUGCUCAUCCUAGACAAUGCAGCAUGCCACCCUGUCGGUUUGAGUGAUCUGUCUGAUAACGUAAGAGUGGAAGAUCUUCACAACAGUGCAGCUAACCUGAUGCAGCCCAUGGGUCAAGGUGUAGCCUCUACCUUAAAAGCUCAUUACCUGAAAAGGACUUUUGAGCACAUCCUAGAAGCGACAGAUGGUGAGGAUACAGCGAUGAUCAGGGAGUUUUGGAGAAACUACAACAUCAUGGAUGCUGUGGACAACAUCGCAGUAGCUUGGGAGGCGCUCAGACCAGCAACAAUGAACAGUGUGUGGAAGAAACUCUGGCCCCAGUGUGUUCUGUCCCAGGAUGUUGCCCAAUCAGAUGACGCCACACAGCUUAAACAAAACGUUGUGUCCCUUGCCAAGACUGCGGCCUUUGAAACAGUUGUGGAAGCUGACAUCACCCAGCUGCUAGAGUCUCAGGAGGACACGCUCUCCAAUGAGGAGCUGAUGCAGCUGGGGCGGAGGCCAGCAGCAGAGGAGGAGAGCGGAGACGCCCAGCCUGCCCUUCGUCAGCUGACCACAGGAGAGCUCUCGACAGCCUUCUCACAUUUCGAGGCUGGUUUACAGCUCCUCACCAGUAGCUGCCCCAAUGAUGAGUGGAAGCUGAAAGUUUCCAGAGCAAUCAAUGAUGCAAUCAACUGCUACAGGGAAUUGUACAAUGAGAAGAAGCGGCGCUUGAAGCAACUGCCCUAGGUUGUCUUCCAGUGCGUGUGAGCAAGAGCUGCGCCAAGUAAAGCCAGAGACAACGAAGUGACCCCCACAGACGAGCCCAGCCAAGCCUGUCUGCUUCCAGACAUUCAGCCUUCCUGGAAGCCCUACUUCUGGCAUUUUAAUUUGACACUUGAGAGUCUCAAAUUUGGUUAUUAAAAUUUUAUUUAACUAUGUGCUUUAAAAAGAUUGCAUGCUAGAAUACUCAGGAAAACAUUUCUUUAAAAAUACAGAAAAAAUAAUGUUUGGAAGGGAGACCAGCCCUUCUAGACAUUAAAACGCACUGUGGCUGUGAUUAGCGCAGUUUCGUUGUCAGGACUGGGGAACAAAUUGGUCCAGAACUAAAUGCAGGUAGGCUUUUUUUGAAAACAGUGAAGGACAACUUGUUAGCCAUUUGGAAAAACUUAAAAUCAGACACACACCUCACAGCAUACACAAGAAUAAACAAACAGAUCAGGAUUCUAAAUAUAAAAAAUGAACCCUUCAAAUUGAUUUGUAGGAACAGUACUACAAAUUACACGGAUGAGUGUGUCUUUGACCUGGGUAUGGAGGAAGAUUUUCUACGACUCAGAAUCCAUAUAAAAUUAAUUUUAAAAAAAGAAGACGAAUCAAUUUGACCCUACAAAAAUGUAAACAAUAUGAAACCUUUCCACAGGAGGAAAACUGCAGACAAGGUUAAGGACAACUGACAGAAUGGAAUAAAAUAUUUCCGACAUGUCUCAUAGAUGACAGGUAAUAUUCCUGAUGUGUGAAGAACUCUUAAAGACUAAGAAAGAAAAAAAGACCCAAAACCUAACAGAAAAGUAAACAGAACAUAUACUUCAUAAAUAAAUAAAUUAGAUCUUGAAACAGAGAAAUUUGACCUCAUUCAUACUUAAAGAAAUACAAAUUAAAGCUACACAGAUACCAUUCUCACUAAUCAGACUGGAACACUGAUUAAAGAGUUUGAUGCACGUUCUGUGGGUGAGACUGUGGGGUAGCAGGCACAUUGACGUGUUGCUGGUGGGAAUGCAAACUGGUGCAACCCUUACUGAGGGGCAUGAGACACUCAUUAAAAAUAGGUGUGUUUAGAUUUAGGAAUAUGUUUUAGGACUGCACUCUAGAGAAAAGAAAGUGCAUGUGCCCAGAUUAUCUGCUGUGGCAUCGUCUGUAACUGCAAAGACGCGAACGCACCCUGAGUACUCCCAUACGGGAGAGCGGUGAGUGCGGUGGCAGUGGCAGAGCGCAGAUGUGACAGAGCACAGGUGGAAGUGGCGUCAGCAACAGCAGGAGGAGGAAAAACUCUGAGCCAGUGUCGACUGGUUUCCAGAAUAUACUAUUAACUGAAAAAAUGCAACAUAAAGCACUAUAGUGUGCUACCCUUUGUGGAAGAAAAAAUGGAAAUAAGAAAAUAUUCCUGCAUCUUACUCAUUUGUGCAAAAAGAAACAUGGGAAGAGAAACCAGAGACUCAGAACCACUACCUAUGGGAAGGGAGCGAAAAGGGUCCCAGGGCUGGGGCAGGAGGGUGACACCUGAGUUUGCCUCCUGUAAAGGUCUGACUUUGGGGACUAUGUUCACGCCACAAAAUAAACAAUGGUAGGGAAAUGGAAUGAAACGUAUGAACAACUAUAUUUCACAUUAAUUGUACACCUACAGUGAAAGUGGAAUACCCAAAUUCUGAGCGAUGUUUGAGCCAUAGUCUGACUGUGUGCCGUCAGGGUAAAGACAAAAAGGAACUCUGAACAAUUAUUAAGCUCUGGGUAGUAAACUUCUUUUUCACAAAAGCAUAGGCUAGUAAUCCU